AAAAUUAGUUUACUAUAAGAGUUUAAAGAGAAAACAUCUAAGUAGUUUCUGAAAAUGAAACUAUUUUAUGUAAUUUUUGUAUUUUUAGGUUUGAGCUGUUAUGCUCAGGCUGUAUUGAAAACCUGCUAUUGCGAGCCUGGCCCUGUAGGACCAACCGGUCCUAAAGGAAAUACGGGACCCAGAGGUGAUACCGGCACUACGGGUAAUAAAGGCGUACGGGGUCCACAAGGACCCACUGGUCCCCAAGGCCAUAAAGGUGAACCUGGACCAAAAGGCAAAAGAGGUAUAGGUAGAGGUUUCCCAGGUCAUGCUGGUCCCAGAGGUCCUGCUGGAAGUUGUACGCCUUGUCCUAAUCGUGCAAAACGUAGCGCACGUUCUUACGAACCGAAUAGAUUGUAUAUGUUGACAAAGGAACGUAAAUUGAUACCCGUCGAUAAAAUACAACCAACAGCAGACUUGCUGGAACUUGUGGAACAUCUUAAGAGCACGGAUAAGUUAAGAGAUUAUGGAGAUGGCGAUAAUGUAUUGAUUUAAUAAAAAAUGAAGGUUAAUAAAAAUUUGUUUUAUAUUUUAAUGAU